AUGGCGCUCUCUUCGCUCCAGCAGCUGGAGUCGCUGAAAUACGUGGAGCUCCAGCGGAUCGCAAAGGCCGCCGGCCUGAAGGCCAACCUCCGGGCAGACAAAUUGUUGAAAGCACUGAAGCAACACUUUCAUGGAACAAAACAAGAAAAUGAAAAUAUGGACUCUGAAAAAAGUGCAUCUGCUUCCAUCGGAUCGGAUGAACUGAGCAAUCAGGAGGAAAUUAUGCCUGAUUCAGUGUGUUUUAUUACAAAAAGACGUGGUAAAGAAAAGAAAAUAACCAGAAAAAAGAGGAACUCCAACGAGGAAACUAAUACUGGUGAAGAAAAUACAGGGCUUUCUGAUGAGAAAGAGGAGCAUUCCGAAAUGAAAGAAAAUGAAGUACCUCAGGGUGAGCACGAAAAGGGACAGAAGGUAUUCCAAAAAGAGGAACAAGUAACUAAAAAGAGAGCUAUUGAGAAUCCAGGGAUGGGUACUGGUCAGAAAGAACAACCAAAGAAGACUUCUCCUAAAAGUAGUGGAGGUGAAUGUGAUGCUCAUCAUGCAGGAGGGAAGAUCCCUUUAUAUGUAGGCCGUGCAUCUAGGUCUGGGAAAACAGGAAUGAAAGCUACUACACCAAACUUUAAAAAGUUGCAUGAGGCUCACUUCAAGAAAAUGGAAUCUAUUGCUGACUACAUUGAGAGGAAAAAAAAAAUGAUUGAACACUGCAGCAGUUCUCUCAAUGAAGUCAAGGUGCUGGCCAAAAAAUCGAAUCACUUAAAAGCAUCAGAAAAAGGCACUCCACAUAACAAUUCUAAGAAACAAACCAGUGGCAAAACUUUUUUAUUCAGCCCAAAUCCAGAAAGAGGCAGAUUCUCCGCCACUUGCACUCCUAGUAACCUCCGGCACUCACCACACAGUUCUCUGAAUGCUGCCAAUCGGAGUAUUUUAUCUAGGAAAUCUUCAUUUAAUCCUUCUGUCCUUUCAACAACCAAAAUGAAUGUCAGAUUCUCAGAAGCCACAAAAGAUAAUGAGCAUAAACGCUCUCUUACCAAGACUCCAUCCAGAAUGUCUCCGUACUUGGAGGAGAUCUGCACACCUGAUAGCCAGAAGAGCUGCAAACUAAUAAGUCAGAAAAACAGCAAGGGAAAUGCAAGAAAUAAUGAUCUGACUGCAUCAAAGGGUAAAGUGGAUGUUAUCACCCCCUUCAAGUUUGCAGCUCACUCUGCAGAACCCACAAGCACAAAGAAGACGUUUGAUCUCAAAGCAAGUCUCUCAAGGCCGCUGCGGUAUCAGCCACACAAAGGACGACUAAAACCUUGGGGAGAAUUUAAAGAAAAUACUGUCCUAAAUAAGUCUGUUGGUAGCAACAUCUCUUCACGUAAGAAAGAUUACAAACAGCCGCAUCUCCAGACAAGGGAAGAAAGGCGUGAGAAACAUGAGCAAGAGAGAAAAAAGAAAAAGGCUCAGGCUCUCGGAAACCGUAGAGGGCUCUCUCUGGGUUAGGAGGAAUAAGAAAUAUCUAAGAAAUCACUGUAAAUACUGUUCAUGUCAUGUAAAUAUUUGUGCUGUCUGUGUAUGGUUCAGGUUGCUAUUAGCUAGUGGAAUCCAGAGAGCAUUGAGUGAGAACGUAUAAUGCAUCUGAGCUUAAUGUUUUAGUGAUCAGCUUCUCCGACGAGAUGAGAGUUCUCAACUUUUAGGAGCUUAGAACUAUCUCUAGUUGCUUAAUAAUGUUUUUCGUUUAAUGAACUCCUUUAACUAAAAGAUGUUAAAGGAGAAAAUGUAAGGGGAAAAAAGAUGCUCAAGAAGCCUCCUUGCAACUUAGGACAGACUUCCACCAGAAUGCAUUUGUUACCCACUAGAAUGCACACUUUGGAUAGUAAGCUUCAAAAUGUUCCACUGGUAAAUUACAGGAGUUGGAGAUGUCUGCUUGCCCUGUUCUCCAGAUCAGUCCUUAAAUUCUGUAACAACAGUUACAGCAAUUAUUCAGCAUUUCUAAUUGUAUGCCUGUGAAGUGGUAGGGAAUUUCCAAGAGAAGAAAAAAUACGCAAGCUCUCUGGAAAACUAAAAGCUUACAGCAUAACAUAAUUGUAAAGUACUGUAUUUUUAAAAAGUCACAACUGAAAAGUGGCUUUACAAAUUACCAACUGGAUGCUUUGAACAGUUAAGGUUGUUUUUGUUCCUUUCUAUGGUAAAUAGCAGAUGUUAACAAAAUUCUUCUGCUUUUCAUCUCUAUGAUGCUUAAAAGAGGUUACAGUAGUGUUGAGGCACAUUUAAUACCUUAGAUUUAAAAGCUGUUGUUACUUUUACUUCUAAAAAAAACACAUAAAAAAGCUGUCUGGAUUUAUUAUGGAUGGAACUGGAAAGGUAACUUAGCAGUUAAUCUCAGCUAGAAUUUUGAGCAUGUAAUUGUUUCAGUGAAUUUAGUGUCCUAUCAAAUAUGCUGAAAUGUCAAGAACAAGCAAUUUUUUUUUAUAAACUUAAUGGGGGGAAAUAAAUAUUUUGUAUAUAUCCUGUU